AUGACCGUCCUACUGUUCACCUGUCAGUGCGCCUUGCUAGCACAACCUGGAGGUGCAGAAACGCAUCUAAAUGGAUUUCAUAAGGUCGUCAAAGACAACCUGGGUGCAGCAAAAAUUGCAUACUACUUGACUUACAAGAAUACGACUCAACGCUUGAAUCUAACGAGCUUUCAAUUCAAGUCAAACCAACCCUUUGUCAUUCCAGAGCAAGAUUGCGACCUUCAACUUCCACCUCAGCGCUUAUGGAUCAUGAAUUUGAUUCUACCGUGGACCUUCUCGAAGACGAAUUUCAUGCUGACAAAAGCCGCACAGAAUCACAAGAAUAGCGCCGAGUCAUCAAGCAGACUUCAGAGUCAUUUUUGCUUGAUCCCGGUCCCGGAGCCAUUUAGGAUGGAAAUCACGUUGCGCUCUCUCGCAUCCAUCCAAUUCGAAGUGAUCACACCCCGAAUUAGCAUCCAAGUUGAAAAUCGAACAGUAAUUCGGGCUUACAAACGCGGUAGCCUGAUAACAUCGGCGCCACCAAACACAGGCCUUAUGAUCGGACCUUUGGUCUAUUUUGAUACUAUCCGUAGCUAUCCCGGAAGGGAAGACCUAGCAAGCCGACAACGGUUCUGGAAUGAACGUGCUGCUACCCUUGAUAAAUGGACAUAACUGUCUCGAUAUAUCUUGGUAAAUAGCGAAGGUGCGCAACCAUGAGGUGCCAUUCAAGCCCUACACACACCGCAGAUGCGUCCAAACACCAAUUUUAUCAUUGUCUUGCUCAUCUUUGCCUUCCAAGGCAAAUUGUGUCUUACCACGACAAAAGAAUAAAGAUUAGGUCAUCCAGUUUUGCUGGCUUUGUUCAGAUGCAUGGUACUCGUGGAAUCGGCAGCGCCAAGAUCUUCUUCGCACGGGUGCGCAAUCGCAGCCUGAUCUGUGGAACAGUCAUUCUGUAUGGAAUCCAUCUUCCAUCAGUCAGGCCGACGGCUCGUCUCUGUCUUUCGGAGAUAAGGAAAACCAAAGGAACUGGUUACACUGGUACUUAGAUUGAAAAUUUUCGAAAAUUGUUGUGCUAUUUCUGUCACCGAAUUUUUCACGAAAAACUCAGCCUGAAAAUGGAAGAUAGGUUGGGGAGAUAUG